GUAAAUGUGUGGCUGCAUCUGAGAGACAGUCAGAUCAACUCAAGGCUAAACCAAGCGGUUCGUAGCGUCUCAUUUGCCAGCUCUGUACAGAGAGGCGGGACUUCCUGGAUGGGCGAUGACGUGAAGAACCCUCUGAGAGGCCUAGGGCUGUCCUCUCUGUGCCUGCUGGAAAAAAGAGCUCUGGUCAGUGCAGUCAGUGUGGCAGUGGAGGCCAUUUUGGCUCAGUUCAGCUCCUCACGGACCCUGGUGCAGAAGUCUGCCUCCAUUAACAAGGCUCUAUCAGGAGACAGCAGUGUGAAUCCGUCUCUGGGCCGGCUGGUGCUGCAGUGUUUGUGCCCUGCCCUGCGGAGCCUGCUCUCCGAUGGCCUCAAGCCCCACCAGAGUGAUUUGAUCUCGGGCAGGAGGCCAAACUCAGCCUGGGGACUGGUCCAGGCCUCCACCAGGCCAGGGCCCAGCACUCAGUCCCUGUACAGCCUCCAGGCUAGAAUAGGAGAGCUGCCCCAGCUCCGGCAGAACAAACACAGGUUCAACGCCUUCCUCCUCGGCCUCCUCAACAUCAAGCUUAUGGAUUUCUGGCUGUCCCAUCUCCAGUCAUGCAGUGAUGUGUUGGUGACGUUCUACCAGCCCUCCUCCUUCAUGCGUUUGUCAUUGACUUCCUGCCAGCCUCUGUUUGAGGAGCUCCUCCUCCUGCUGCAGCCCCUCAGUCUCCUGACCCUUAACCUCGACCUGCUCUUCCAGCACCACCACCUGGAUCCAGCCAAUCACAGCCCAGAGAUCCCCAGCCCACCCAAUCAGGACCUGGGGUUCAGGCUCUCGCCCCGGGGGUCCGCUUCCCAAGGCAGGGGCAGCAGCUAUCUUGAGAGCCUAUCAGAGCUGGACUUUGGGAGAGCAGAACCCGAGGCGACCAAUCAUAAUGCGAGCUCGUCGUCCCUGGCCAACUCAGGGGUGGGAGGGUUGGUGGAGUCACUGAAGCCAGCGAGUCUCAGUGUGGGGCCUGCAAAGGUCUCUGGGGCUCUUGCGGAGACAAGUCCUCAGCUGAUGUGGGUUCAGGAGAAAGAAAUUAGGGAGCUAGCACCUCCUAAUGUUGAGGAGGCCAGUCUCUCCCAUCAGGCAGGACAGGUGAUACAGCAGGGAUGGGGGGCUGUGGUACGCUGGGGGGGCAAGCUGGGCCAGAACCUGGCUGAACUCAGCCUGUCUGCAGUACAGAACCAGGAGGGGACAUCCAGAGACCCCCCAGAGCCCCAGACCAGUACCCAGGCCAGGAGUGACCCUCCUCAGGUCGAUGGAGCAUUGGAGGUCCCCUGGGGUUUGGGACGGCUGUUUGGAGCCUCCAAUAACCCCACGAUACCCACACUUCCAACCAGACGUCCGUCUCAGUGGUUGUCUCCAGGGGUGUCUGUUCUGACCCGGAUGGUGAGCAGCAGUUCCAGCGCUAACCAGAGGAGGGAGCUGGAGCCCCAGCAGGUAGAAGAGGUGUUCGAGAGAGAGAUGGAGGAGACAUGGGACAACCCAAGACCCCUCAGGUCAGUCAGAACACUAUGCGACCACUCUGGCACAGGGGCGGAGCUAAGCUUCCAGAAAGGGGAGGAGUUAGUGGUUUUAGGGUGUGUCGAUCAGGACUGGAUUCGCUGUCGUCAGGGAGACCGAGAGGGGCUCGUACCCAUUGGCUACGCCUCACUGAUCCUGUGAUUUCAGACACCUGAUCAGAGUUUUGAUUGUUUGAAUAUAUCUGGGGGAGGGAAAAUUAAAUCAUAAAGCUAUAAUGUAUUUAGGCAACCAUAAAGAGGCUGUGAUGAAGUCCCAAUGCUCUCCGAGAAAUAGUUCACCCCUGAAUCUAAGUUCAAAUCACAUGUUUAUAUCUCUAAAGUGGUCCAAAGUCGUAUGUCAGGGUUCCCCAACUGGCGGCCCAUGAUUUUAUAAGGGUUUGGGUUACUUGUUGGACAUAAAAUACUACCAUCAGUAAAUGUUGGAAAUCUGUUCCAAGGUAUUCCCACACAUAGAGAGAGAUGUGAUUGUUUACAAAUCUAAGCAAGGUUUGAAAUGAUUAUAUUUUAGCCAAAUGUUAUCUGUUUGGGCUUCUUGCGGUCAAUUUGCAGUCUACAAAUGAUUUGUGAUUAUGUUCCACUGGUGGCUGAAUCUAGUUGAUGAUCUCUGGUCUAAGUGAUUUAGUUCCUACUCCGCACCAUCUGUUGUGUAGAUCCCACUAUAUGCACUGGUAGAAAUGUGCAAAACUCAAUCCCUAAAGAACUGUACCAUCUAAUGCCAUCUAAUUAGGGGGAUUUAAGGAAGAUUUAAUUUAGCUCACCAGAUGGUGUGGAAUAUGGACCCAGCAUGACUUCAGACCACUUUUGAAGUGUGAAAACUUCAGACAAACACUUAUCUUGGUGUGGACUAUCCCUUUAAAUGUCCUCCAUUCAUCAUCUCUCUUUGGUGACCACUGAUCUGAGAAGGACUGGAUAAAGCUUUGUAGAAUUCUAUUCAUAGGUUGCACCUCCGUCACGUCAUACCAAGCCGCCAUCGGCGGUGACCUAAAGUGGUGAUAAGCCCCGUCGUUCUGAACUGAGUCUAACUACUGUUUAGUCUAAAUGACAAUAUAGUGCCUGUGGAAAUACGGUGACGUUGCUAAAGUAGUCAAAUAUGUAGUAGGAAACAACUUUCCCAGCAUGAUCAUGUCGUCAAAUUUACUUUAGACAGAUGGCAACGUCAUCACCUAGCAAAAUUCGGCAAAAAUAGCUAGCAAAGCUAACGUUAGCUAGUUGCAAUCAGAUGGCCUCCCCUCAAUUUAAGCUAGUUAGCUAAUGUUAUACUGCAUUUAAAGUCUAUCUGGUGACAUCAAAAUGAUGACGAAAGAAUUUCCUAAUAAUUAUUUGCCUGUUUUUGAAUGUCAUCCUGGCCACUGAAAUACACGUUCGAUGAAAUCUUCAUCAGCGCUUAUUGAUGAUGCAUUGAAUAGAACGCUCAGUCGGGCAUCAGUCCAAACGAACGUUAAAAACAAAAUUGUGACGAAACAUGCAACCAAUGCAUUCAGCUUAUCCAAACACUUUCAGAUCAGCAGUCACUAUGGGAAGAUGUAUAGCCUGGUAGCCAGGUCGGUUUCUGCUCUAGACCCAGACCUUGCCGCCAGGCUAACCGGUGAAGGGAGCCAUGGUAGAGUAUUGGAGCGUAGCCCCUGUUACGUAACGUAGUACCAUAGUGAAAUGUAGCUGUUUUCUGUGUUCUAUUUGACCUUUCACCCCUAUUGAUCUCUCACCUUUUUCGCUUGGUCUCUGUGUGUUUGACAUGUUCCCACUACAAUUAAUAGUCAGUUUAAAAAGGAUAACUAUUUGACUGUAUAAAUAUACAUACAUAAUAUAUAGGUAUAUGAAUAUAGAUGAAUUUAACCGAGAUAGAUAGAUGGAUAGAUAACCAAGAGAAAACAGAUAGUCAAACGUUACUAUUGAUAAGUGAUCUGGCCUUUUAUCCCCAACUCACCAGUCACUACUCUAUAGUCAUUAUACACACGGACAGCUCCAGUUUUUUUGUCAAUUAUUGGAAUCCAGUGGCUUCAUCUUAGUGUGUGUUGUGUGCAUUGUCUUGACUUCAUAUCCUUCAUAUCUUCAUCAUAACCUGAUGGUCUCAUACCUUUACACUGUAUUUAUUGUAUAAUGAAUGCUUUGAGUGAAUGCAGUGGGGUUGGGCUCAAUAUGGCAGUCAAUUCAGGAAGUAAACUGAAAUUCCAAUUCAAUGAUUGAAAUAGGGGCCUCCUAUUUUUAAUGAUUUCUUAAUGAAUUGAAAAGGAGAAGCUAUUUAUGUUUUUUAAGUAGCUGAUUUUAAAUUCAAAUCACUUCCUGAAUCGGCAGCCUUCAAUUCGAAUUGAGCCCAACCCUUGAAUGCAGAAGAAUAUCUAUCUAUAUGACACAUAUCUAUCUAAAGGACAUUCUAGUAUCCAACAGUAUAUAAGUAUAACUGGCAUAGCAAUGCUGUAACUUCAAUCAGUCCACACCUCUUAAACCUCACUAACACAUACUACUCAGUGCUUAUAUAUCAAUGCUUUGAGACGAACAGAUAGACAGACAGAUAAACAGACAGACAGCUAGACAGACAGCUAGACAGAGAGAUAGACAGACAGAUAAACAGACAGAUAAACAGAUAGAUAAACAGAUAGAUAAACAGACAGACAGAUAAACAGACAGAUAAACAGACAGACAGAUAAACAGAUAGAUAAACAGACAAACAGACAGACAGAUAAACAGACAGACAGACAGACAGUCUGAGGGACUUGAGACCUGUCUCUUUCUACUCAUCCCAGGGAUGAUCAACUCUAGUCUGGUUACUUUUCCUUUACCUCAUAGAUCAAUUGGUAUCUUUGAUUCCCCAGAUGUUUAACUUGACUGGUUACCUGGGCGUUACUAAGUCUGACUACAAGACAAUUCAAAAGGCUACUGAGACCAGUAGACAAUGUGGGUUUCCAGGGCCAUAGUUGUAUGUUCCUGACCGAGACUAUCCAAGCUUUCAGAUGAGGCAGUAAGCUACUCCCUGAUGUACUGUAUGUGUAUGAAGACACCACGACUGUCAAGCCUACGUGUUUGAGGGAGAGGCUGCCCUUCCCCCAACCGUACCUCAGCUCUCAUACAGUGGGGAGAACAAGUAUUUGACACACUGCCGAUUUUGCAGGUUUUCCUACUUACAAAGCAUGUAGAGGUCUGUAAUUUUUAUCAACUGUGAGAGACAGAAUCUGAAACAAAAAUCCAGAAAAUCAACAUUGUAUGAUUUUUAAGUAAUUAAUUUGCAUUUUAGUGCAUGACAUAAGUAUUUGAUACAUCAGAAAAGCAGAACUUAAUAUUUGGUACAGAAACCUUUGUUUGCAAUUACAGAGAUCCAAUGUUUCCUGUAGUUCUUGACCAGGUUUGCACACACUGCAGCAGGGAUUUUGGCCCACUCCUCCAUACAGACCUUCUCCAGAUCCUUCAGGUUUCGGGGCUGUCGCUGGGCAAUAUGGACUUUCAGCUCCAUCCAAAGAUUUUCUAUUGGGUUCAGGUCUGGAGACUGGCUAGGCCACUCCAGGACCUUGAGAUGCUUCUUACGGAGCCACUCCUUAGUUGCCCUGGCUGUGUGUUUCGGGUCGUUGUCAUGCUGGAAGACCCAGCCACGACCCAUCUUCAAUGCUCUUACUGAGGGAAGGAGGUUGUUGGACAAGAUCUCUCGAUACAUGGCCCCAUCCAUCCUCCCCUCAAUACGGUGCAGUCGACCUGUCCCCUUCGCAGAAAAGCAUCCCCAAAGAUUGAUGUUUCCACCACCAUGCUUCACGGUUGGGAUGGUGUUCUUGGGGUUGUACUCAUCCUUUUUCUUCCUCCAAACACGGCGAGUGGAGUUUAGACCAAAAAGCUCAAUUUUUGUCUCAUCAGACCACAUGACCUUCUCCCAUUCCUCCUCUGGAUCAUCCAGAUGGUCAUUGGCAAACUUCACACGGGCCUGGACAUGCGCUGGCUUGAGCAGGGGGACCUUGCGUGCGCUGCAGGAUUUUAAUCCAUGACGGAGUAGUGUGUUACUAAUGGUUUUCUUUGAGACUGUGGUCCCAGCUCUCUUCAGGUCAUUGACCAGGUCCUGCCAUGUAGUUCUGGGCUGAUCCCUCACCUUCCUCAUGAUCAUUGAUGCACCACGAAGUGAGAUCUUACAUGGAGCCCCAGACCGAGGGUGAUUGACCAUCAUCUUGAACUUCUUCCAUUUUCUAAUAAUUGCGCCAACAGUUGUUGCCUUCUCACCAAGCUGCUUGCCUAUUGUCCUGUAGCCCAUCCCAGCCUUGUGCAGGUCUACCAUUUCAUCCCUGAUGUCCUUACACAGCUCUGGUCUUGGCCAUUGUGGAGAGGUUGGAGUCUGUUUGAUUGAGUGUGUGGACAGGUGUCUUUUAUACAGGUCACGAGUUCAAACAGGUGCAGUUAAUACAGGUAAUGAGUGGAGAACAGGAGGGCUUCUUAAAGAAAAACUAACAGGUCUAUGAGUGCCGGAAUUCUUACUGGUUGGUAGGUGAUCAAAUACUUAUGUCAUGCAAUAAAAUGCUAAUUAAUUACUUAAAAAUCAUACAAUGUGAUUUUCUGGAUUUUUGUUUUAGAUUCCGUCUCUCACAGUUGAAGUGUACCUAUGAUACAAACUACAGACCUCUACAUGCUUUGUAAGUAGGAAAACCUGCAAAAUCGUCAGUGUCUCCCCACUGUAUGUACCUUCCUUCUUUCCCUACCUGCUAACCCGUGUAAGGUCAUCAUUUUUAAUACCGUAGUAACGAUAGUGGUAGUAGAAUAACGUUAAAGUAAUAAUGUUUAUUACUAUGUUUCUCUUCUGAUUUGGUUGGUAGUUAUUUUGUAGGCUUGGUAAUGAUGAUGCAUAUGAUGUACUUCUCAAAGGCUUCUGGUUUAAAGGAACUGUUUGUUUGCUGUUUUUGUUGUUGUUUUGUCACUUGCGGGUGACAUGGCGCUUCUUGAAGAGUUCAGGUUACUUGAGGAAUUCAAAUUUAAUGGGAAUAUCGCUCUUUUGAUUGGCCAGAAAAAAAUAUAAAAGGUUACCAUGCCAACAAGCCUCUGUGGUGUAGCACAGGGUUAGUGUCCCUAUGACAACAAUAGAUUGGAAACAUUGUAACUUUGCACUUGCAUUAUACAGGCUACUUUACCAAAUCUUUCAGCAAGUGCAAUGGUAUGGCACCUGCUAGUACGUCAACAACCUAACUAGCUAAUCCGAAUCGCUGCGUGUCUCAAGACAAUGUGUAGCUCCAAUAGAUAGUUGUUUACCAAACAGUGGAGCCACUGUGUGUCAUGGCCAGUCACACUACACCCCUGGUCUUCUAAAGGCUUUAGCUGGGUCACGGCAGCAAAACAAGCUAGACAACUACUUUCUUCGGCCAGUAAAUUGAGUUGUUUUAGAGCUAUCUAUAAUGUAUUUUAAUUGCAGCUUGUAGUAAAUUAGGCUGUAUGAGGGAGGAGCUAGUUAGUGCCAGCAAGGCCCACCUUUCAAUGUGCCAUGCCUAGAUGCAGGUGAAGGGGAAACCUAACUUCAGGAAAUACACAUGGUCUGUGACGGUAACAAUCUCAGUAUGUUGACAAGGAUUUUCUAAUUAUUUUUUGUCUUUGAUUCGGGUAUAUUUUCCAUUGUGUGAGAGGAUCCAUGAUAAAUGCAUUGAUUUGUAUGAAAAGCUAUACAUUUAUUGGACGUGGUGUUUAUUGACCCUGGAGUCCAUGAAAGGUGUAUAUAUAUACACCUCUGUUGUAUUUGUCCCCUCACGUCUAUCUCUCUAUCUAUCUGGGGUUUUGUGUGUAUCACAGGAGGAUGGUGGCACCUUAAUUGGGGAGGACGGGCUUGUGGUAAUGGCUGGAGCGGAAUGGUAUCAAAUACAUUAAACACCUGUUUGAUGCCAUUCAUUUAGCUCCGUUCCAGCCAUUAUUAUGAGCCGUCCUCCCCUCAGCAGCCUCCGUGUGUGUGUGUGUGUGUGUGUGAGUGAACGAGCAUGUGUCUGUGUGUGUAGCAGUGGGUUCUGUAUCUCUCUGGUGUGAUGUAGCCUGCCCCGUACCUCACUGUUCCAUAGUGUACUGUGUCCCUGUAGCGUCAGUCAGUGUCUGACUCCCGCAUGUGCUUCUUUGUAAAUACCCAAUAAAUAAUCAACAUAAACCAAA